AUGAUCGAGUUUCUGGAUGAUGCCCUGAUCAACGACAAGAUCUUCCCCGAGUGCGUCAAUGGCUUCAAUGACUCCAAUGGCCCAAUCCGGGAGGCAACCGUCAAGUCGAUGAUCUUCUUCGUGCCGCGUCUGAAGCCGAAGACGGUGGAGAACCGGGUCUUGAAGCUGCUGGUCAAGAUGAUGCAGGACCCAGAGGCUUCGAUCCGCACCAACGCCCUCAUUUGCGUGGGCCGCGUUGCGGGGCAGCUGCCUGCAGCCUCGGUCUCCCAAACGCUAAUGACCGUCAUCGGAAUGGGGCUCAAGGACGGGUUUCCACCCUGCCGUGGGGCAGCUUUGCAGACGCUUUCCCACACGGCGACGGUCUUCUCGCCGGAGGAGCUCGCACAGAGGCUUCUGCCCGGCGUUUGCCACCGGCUGGUUGAUCCCGACCAGGGGGUGUCUGACCUGGCUUUCAACACCCUCACGAAGCUGCAGGAGUCGAUCAGGCAAAUGGUUGAGGAGCGCAGAAAUGCUGCGCCGGCCGAGGUUCACAUGCCCAGAGGGACAGGGCCUAUGGACAGGGUCUAUUUGUGGUACGAUGAUACGCAUGUAGAGCAAACGCAAGUUGGCAAGUUCAAUACCAGCACAGCAUUGCUAUGCAACGUCCUGCUCCUGGAUGACACACUUGAAGAGCUCCGAUCCGGCAAAACUCGGAUUUCUGCCAUUCCGCAGAUGUGUGUCGUGCGCGUGGGUGACUGGUGGUUUGCCUACACGGGGAACAGACGCCUCUGGGUCUUCAGGAAUCUGGAAGAGCAGGGGUUGCUUCACACGAUUGAGGUGCAGGUCACAAACGACGAGGUUCCACGCCGGAUGUUCACGACGAAGAACAUGGGGACUUCGGUGCGUGUUCGGGGGCGGCCUGCACAGCAGUUUGCGAAGAAGCGCUACUCGAUGCACGCAAGCCUCUGCGAUCCUCGGGUGGAGCAGUCGCUCCUGAACUCCUCCUACGAUUCUGAGGAUCCCGACUGCUUGGUUCUAAAUCCUGACGCGUGUGGAUAUCUCCUCUUCAAAGCUGAUGGGUCGUGGAAGCAGCGGAACAUGCCGGUGGAGUUCUGCGAUGCCAUGGAGGAGGCGGAGGAGGAGGAAGACGACGAGGAAGGGAAUGAUCCCGUAGUUGCUGCAUGUGGUUGUGGUGGUAGGUACUAUCUCAGAUGUGAAAACGACAGUGAACGCUGGAGCGCAUCAAAGUCGUUCAGCAAGGCCAUCAAGGAAGGCGCGGCUGUAGAGGCUGUUGCCUUCGCCCCCAACAACGGUUACUGGCUAAGGCGCUCGGAUGGCUCCACCAAAUGGCUGCGAUUACCUGGUUCCCUGGAGUGUGCAUUGGAGAGGAGCCUAAAGCCUAAACCCUAA